AUGGAAGCCCACCCCAAAAAGUACGGCGUGGUCCUCUACGACGGCUUCCAGCUGAUUGACGUGUGUGGGCCCGUCGACGUCCUGAACGUCCUCAGUACACACACGGAUGGCAUCAGCCUCUCCAUCAUCAGUGAGACCAUGAAUCCUGUGUCCACAUUCCCCAGGAAAUGGCCGGGCGACAUGGGCAUGCCGCCGUUCACCACGUCGCAGACCCUGCAGCCAACUCACACCUUCGAGACCGCGCCGCAACUCGACGUCCUCAUUGUCCCCGGCGGCAUGGGCUGUUUCGACCCGGAGCCGGCCAACGUGGGAAAGCCAGACCCAAAGGUCAUCGAUCCGAUCGUCACGUUCAUUCUGGCUCAGUACCCCAAGCUGCAGUACCUCAUUACCGUUUGCACCGGUGCGGGCAUCACGUCGCGGACGGGGCUUCUUGAUGGGAAGAAGGCAACCACCUUCAAAGGGGCGUGGAAGGUCAUUCCGUUGUGGAGACCUCAAGUCGAGUGGAUACCCAAGGCACGUUGGGUCGUGGAUGGGAAUAUCUGGACUUCUUCCGGCGUCUGUUCUGGCACGGAUCUGAUGUUCGCUUUCGUCAAGCACCUCCACGGUGAGAAGAUUGCGAAUGACAUAGCAGUUUGGAUGGAGUACACAAGACAUGAGGACUCGGCUCUAGAUCCUUUUGGCAUAGAGGUCUCAUCAUGA